CCGCCGACCGCGUCCCUCGCGCCGACGGAUUACGUGACGGCGGCAUGCUAUCCCCCGGGAUCACAGCUCACCCUGACCGCCACUCACCCUCAGCCCCACGUCGUUGAUCCCGCGAUGACGCCCACUUCGGCGCCGGUACCGACUCCGACGUCGGCGUCGGGUCCCAACAAUCCCGUCGCCAUGAGCCAGCUGGGGACCGUCUACGCUACGAAGAGGCGGCGUCGAAACGGAAAGAGCUUGAAACCACCGCAGAAAGACGGGGUGACAAAGUCGAAUCCCAGCAAGCGGCAUCGGGAACGAUUGAACGCCGAGCUAGAUACGCUAGCAUCGUUACUCCCUUUCGAGCAAAAUAUCCUCAGCAAACUGGAUCGGCUCAGCAUCCUCAGACUCAGCGUCAGCUACCUCCGCACCAAGAGUUACUUUCAAGUGGUGAUGCACAAGGAUAAGGAAGAGAACUCACAUCACGACUCGCACUACAGGGCGAGAGAACUGGCGGCGCUCGCCGCUUACGACCAUCAUCACCUCGACGGCGAAAUGUUCCUACAGGCACUAAACGGGUUCCUGCUAAUACUGACUUGCGACGGGGAAGUGUUUUUCGCUACCCACAGCAUAGAGAGUUACCUUGGCUUCCAUCAGUCUGACAUCGUCCAUCAAAGUGUCUACGAAUUGGUGCACAGCGAAGACCGAGAGGAAUUACAGCGGCAAUUAAUGUGGAAUUCUUUCCUGCCCGCCGAAAGCGCAAGUUUGCCGUUACACGAUGCACUCUCGCCCCAGCAUUGUCAUCUACUCGAGCGCAGUUUCACGGUUCGCUUCCGUUGUCUCCUGGACAAUACAUCCGGUUUUCUGCGUCUGGACAUCAGGGGUCGAGUUAAGAUACUUCACGGUCAAAACCGGAAGACGGAAGAGCCGCCGCUUGCGCUAUUUGCUCUGUGCACGCCGUUCGGACCUCCUUCGCUUCUGGAGGUGCCGCAGAAGGAAGUGAUGUUCAAAAGCAAGCACAAGCUGGAUCUCGCGCUUGUGACGAUGGAUCAGAGAGGAAAAAUGCUGUUAGGCUAUUCCGACGCGGAACUAACGAAUCUCGGUGGCUAUGAUCUUGUUCAUUACGACGACUUGGCUUACGUUGCUAGUGCGCAUCAAGAAUUAUUAAAAACCGGUGCGUCAGGGAUGAUAGCCUACAGAUUUCAAACAAAGGACGGCGGGUGGCAGUGGCUGCAGACUAGCUCUAGGCUAGUUUAUAAAAACUCAAAACCAGACUUCGUACUAAGCACUCAUCGACCUCUUAUGGAAGAGGAAGGUAGAGAUCUUCUCGGCAAACGUACGAUGGACUUCAAAGUAAGCUAUCUGGACGCCGGAUUGACCAACAGUUACUUCUCGGACAGCGACAAUCUGACCGGAUCAGUUAUGACGCCGACGUUACCAGCGCAGCCGGCGCCGCAGAGAGUGAACAGGCGAUACAAGGCACAAUUCCGAGACUUCCUCUCGACGUGCCGAAGCAAACGCACGAAACUCUCCGCUCAGUCGUCAGUCUCGCCGCCCGUGACUCCCACAGUGGCAUCCGUGGAUUAUCUUGCGGCGGACACCAGCGCAGCAGCUGCGGUCGCGGCGGCGUACAGCAAUCUGAACACCAUGUACCCGACGCCGUAUGCGCCCACAGUGGCGGCCAGCACUGACCCAUCUUUGACAACUUACAUCGGUCACACGAGCAAUUACCAUCAAACUCUCUAUCCGACGACCGCGUUAGACAAUAGGUAUCUUACAGCUACGGAGAACUUAUUUCAAUACAGGCCGCUGGGCUCGUACUAUCCGGAGUACCACACCGGCACCGCGUACAACGGUUUCAUCGACGUGUCGCUGCCCACGUACGAGACUCACCAGUUAGCUAGCAAAACGGAAGAUAAACUUUACUGCCAGCAACUCGGCAGCGGCGAGUCGCCCAAGUACAGCUACGUGGAGACGAGACACCCCGGCAGCGUGAGCGGUUCGCCGUACGCCGCCAGUCCGGUGGCGAGCGCAUCCACGAUGCAUCCGACGACGACCGACAUGAACGUCGUACGUGCCGGGAGCAGGCACUCGCUAGAGGGUGGCGCGUCGUCCAGUAACUCUGCUGGCAGCUCGCCAGUGACCGGCGCGGCCAACGGCGUCUUGACGCCGAAAAUGGAGGACGUGAAGUCUGAGGUGUAUAGCAACGAAGCGCCACGGCAGACCGUGCUGAUGUGGGGUGCACCGCCGUCGCGCACACCGCCUAGGAACAACGGCAGCUACAGCCCGCCGACGCCGCACUCGACACACUCGUCGACGCAUUCGACCAACGCUACCGGCGAUCCGCUCAAGUCGCUGGCGGAGAUGAACUCCAUGAACGGAGACUGCAAAUGGCGGCAAACCUCACCCACGGAUCAACAAGUGACCGCAUCGAGUCCCCCGAGGAACAAUAAAGCGCAACAAUCUCAGCAGCAGCAACAACAGCAGCAACAUCAUCAUCAACAGCAGCAGCAGCAGCAGCAGCAGCAACAACAACAUCAGCAAUAUCCAGUGACUACAUCACAAUACCAGGCAGCCGCAGCAGCCGCCGCGGCCGCCGCUGCCGCUGCCAGCACCAUCGGUUACACGCACUCUCAUCCGGGCCAUGGCGGGCACGGGGAAGCGGGCUCCGAGGUAUGGCAAGGAGUGCAACACCAUCACUACCAGUACUAUCCCUACCACCAUCACCACCCCGCACCACCAAGGCACACGCCCCAGUUGCAGCACGCCACCGUCAGCUGCGGGAACGGGGACGGGGGUGGGAGCAGGCAUGGGCAUGGGCACCGGAGUGGACAACAGCACCAGCAACAGCAACGUCUUGUACCAUCCUCCGCACCACCACCAUCACGUGGGAUCGUCAGCGGUGGCAACGGCGGCAAUGGGCCCAACUGUCCCACAGAUUCCAAACCGGACGCCGGGAGUCCUCUGUUGUCCAUCUCUGAGGUGACUAACACCCUGCUCAACCAAUAGUCCCUUUGUAACUUCGGCGUCGCUUCGUAUCAACGACGAAGAUAUCUCUGAGAUGUUUUCGUCGAGGCGGAUCCCAAAACCCGUCACUGUAUCAUACAGAUAAUGUCGAUUUAAAGAAAUAAGUAUAUUCGUAUAGUAUUGUAACAUACUCACUACAGAGCUAAUAACCAAUCUAUUAUUACAUAACUUUCAUUGCAUUAAUUUAUCCGUACCGAUACCGAUUAAGUGGAUGUUCUUCAGGAUUCACGGUUUGAAUGCAUAUACAUGAUCGCGCGCUUGUAUGCUUGAGGGGCAGCGAUCACAAGGCGUCUUGCGAUUUUAUUUAUUCGCCGCUGUAAGACGCAGCGAUUGCUCGACGAGUAGCAAUAACACUUCAUUACAGAAUGGACACAAAAAUUGGGAAAUUCAACUUUUAAAUAAAUUUUUAUUUUCAAAGAUUAAGCAUUGAAAAUAAACGCACAGAUAUUUAUCGCGAUUUAACCUUAUUUUCUUAUAUAAAAAUAAAUAAACUUUUAAUUUAUGUUCUUAUAUAGAAAUGCAGAAUUAUUUUUAUCUUGUAAUAAACUUACGUGCUUGAAAAGAUACGAAUUGAGAGCGAUUCAUUAAAUAAUAUGAUAAAAGUAUAGUUCCAAUGUGUAUCUUAUUACGUUCUUCAAAACUUUUUUAAUUUUUACAAUUACAACGAACGGUGCGUAUUUCCUCGAUUUCACUUCUGUUCUGUAAUGGAUGGGAAAAUAUAGCGAAGUAGGAUAGUGAUCACUGCCUAAACAUUGGAGCAAGAUGGGGUAAUGAAUGAUAUUUCUUUGAACCAAAAACCGGCAAAGUCAGUAAACUUAUAUCUGAAGGCACAAAAUUUGUCAUUUUGAUCGGACUUGGACAAGCGCAACAUACGCAACUUUAGUUUGUAUCAAUAAUGCGUCGACGUAUUUGUAUAAUUCUACUUAAUACUAAUGCUUUUGUAUCCCGUGCUAUUGCGUUUGUAUAAUUCUUUUUCUUCUAAAAGAGGAUAUGGAUUCUGUGAUAUGUGUUAGGUAAUUUAAACGAUAUUCUUCAGAGAGAAGACGUAUUUGAGCGUAAUAUUUAUUGACAUAGAAUGGCGAUAAGGCAACUCGUCGAGGAAUUGUGAGGAAUGCGAGCGGUAUGUCGUGAUACGAAUUAUAAAUGCAGAAGUACAUGAGAUUGACCUUUUACGAAUGAAAGUAGAAAGUGUUCUGAUUUUUAACGAGAGGUGAAUUUUUGCAAGGACGUUCCAAGGAUGCGUACAGUGUAAGAAACGACGGUUUCAAAAAUGUCUCGAGCAGAUUGUUAUUACGAUAAGCGAGCAGAUAGUCUUGUUUAAGUAAAAAGAAACACACACUAUCAACAUUCCACAUAUAUACAUAUAAGCAAAUCAAUUCUUCUCAGUUAUAUGUAUUGAAGCGGAAUUCCUGUUGCCAGGAUAAGGCAAAAAUGUAAAAUAUGUUCUCUUCCUUUUACGAUAAAACUACUCUUCACUUUACACGAGUUUUUUAUAAAAAUUGAGACUCCAGUAUCUCUCACUAAACUGUUUUUAAAUAAACUCACUAUUCAUGCGCGACUCUUGGCUUCCUGCAUAUUUAUUUCGAAUAAUAAUUCGCGAUAAUUAAUGGGUUGUAAGUAGAGGUUGAAAAAAAGGAUGAAAUUCUCGUUCACAUUUGUCGAUUAAUCGCGCUAUAAUUUUAAAGAUCAAAAUUUAUUUAUAGCAAACAAAAUAAGACAUUAUGAAAUAAUAGAAUUGUUAAAAAUUAUUUUUAUCAGUAUUUUUUUAUAGUAUUUGUUGCUACAACAUUGUGAAGUCGUAUUUAUAAAUGCAGCAAUGAAUAUUAUGUUGAAAAUAUCAAUAUAAAACAUUUUGUACGAAAAAAUGUCGAAUAUAUAAGAAACUGCCAAGGUGAAAUUUAAAAAUUCUUGGCAAAGAAUAAUAUUUUGAUCGUAGUUUUACAUUUCGAUUAAUCGGCUAUUGUAAUGGGAAUUGAUACGAAGCUUUGUGCUCCUUGAGUUAUUUGAGUUCUCUUACAGGCGGUGAGAAUCUCGUUAGAUAAUUGGUAAGAGAACGGAAAGUGAUGCGAUAUUUGUAGCCCGUUAAUUCGGCUGAACCACUGUCUUGCCAAUAUUUUGUUAAUAAGUUUGUAAUUUUUGUACUUAAUUAAUUUAUAUAUAUUAUUUAUGUAUACGCGUAUAAUUCGUGUUUAGCGACGCUAGAUGGGCCUUCCAAUAAUUUUAGGUGCAUUCUCACUUGCAAAGUCACGGAAAUCUUCGAGAACUCAUUGAAUCACAACGACGAAAGCGAAAAUUCGAGCGAAUAUUACCCGAGCACAAAGAAAAGAAAGCUAUUUUUAAGAUAAUAUUGAAAGAGCUGUUAUUCUCACACGCUUCUAAAAAAAGCAUAACUUUGCAUAUCUGCAACCGCAUAUCAAAGUGGUAAAAGUAAAGUUAAAGAGAGCGAGAUAUAUAUUUAGAUAUUCUCUUCCAUACUUCUCGAAUCAUCGCAUUAUUUAUUAACUGUAAUAUGUAGGAUGUAUCAGGCGCGUUGUACAAAAAUAACGCACCCCUCUCCCUAUUAAAGAUAAUAAGCGAAUUCCGUUUCCUAUGCGUUUUAUUCUUAAUAACACAUCGUACUUUUUGUAUAUGUACGAAAUAUGUGUCUAUAUUUUUAACAUAAUUGUAAUAUCUGAUGCAAAAACUAGGCAAAAGCGUUCUUUUUAACGAAUCAAUUGUAUGUGAAAUUUUUAUCUAUAAAUUAAUAUGAGAAUUAUGCGUUUCUUAAUGUUAAUAAUUAACGAAUAGAAAUAUAUUGAAGAAAGAUACAUAGAAGAAUGCAAAAACUGCAUUAUUUAAUUUUAUAGAAAUGAAACAAAAUUUCGAAACAUCUUGGAUUUUAUCGGCUUUACAGUAACAUGCGCGAAAAUUGGAUUUGCCUGAUGUCUUUGCAUCCUGAUCUUCGAUUAUCUAAACAUCCCACUCUACUUUAAUUAACUUUGCAAUUAAAUGCAGCUCAAGAUGGCAUCGGAACUUGUUACUAUCAAACAUGUCUGUCAUUUCGCGAACAUCUUGCUCAUCGAAAAAUGUAAUUAACAUAAUGCCAAAUGCAAAAAAUUUAUAAAAUAACACUCUCAAAAAUUAGUUUAUACGUUUAAAAAUUGUAUUCAAGCACUUCUCGAUCAUUAAUCUUUAUUUAAUUUUAUCUUACUGGAGUCUUCCUAACGUCUUCUUCGUGUGCCUGCCGACAUACGGAUUGAGUAUACAAUUUAAUAAUUUAGAUUUCUUUGCGAUAAGCUGUACUUUUCACGAUAUAAUUUCUUAAACGCUUCUAGACUUUUAUAUAAAAUAAGACAAAAGUAUAUCAAACAGAGAUUAUAGACGCGUUUGAUAUAGACACGACAUAAAUUUGAAUGAGGAAGAGAAGAUAAAAGAAAUAUUAAAGAUUAAGAGACACACUGAUAGUAAUUCGUUUUGAGCCAAAAUCUUGUACAUCUAUAUUUCUGACUUACUGUUAUAGCUUGCGAAAAAUAUCCUCGUUUCUCUGCAAUAUUCUUAAUGAUAAGAAACUACUAUUAUUAUUAUAAGUAAUCGAGUCUAGUCCAUUCAUAAAAAAAGCGAAUUAACGAUAUACUUAAAUUGUGAUAAUAUUCUCGCCGUAGAAUAGAUUCAAUCGACAAUCUUAUCAAUUAUCACUGUAAGUUCUCUUAGCACGCUAACGUGUAAAAGUAAUUAUAACAAAGAAUAAUACAAUUCCUGUGUGAGAUAAUUAUCGACAGUCGUCUUUGUGUACGUUGCGUUACGAUCGCGAGGAUAUUUUCACAAUCUAAGCAUAAAUGUAUAUUCAUUGUAUAUUUAAAGUAAGAUAUCUUAUAUUAUAUAAUAAUAACAAGCAUAAUUAUAUAAAAUCAUUGUCAGUACAGAUUUUCAAGCAGCUAUCCAUAAUAGGUCGAGAACACGUACUUUAUAUUUCCAACAGUUGUCAUAAAAUAUGAUUGAAACGUGAUUUUCUUGAUGUUCCGUUCCGCAUGCUGGAUAAAUCUACGCUGCUCCUGAAAGCAAUUUCGCUCAAGAAACUUGGAAAAGCUUGCUGAAAAGUUCUGGCAAAUAAAUUAAAAAUAAUUAAUAGAAAAGUUGAGAUUGGUCUUACUAAAUAUCGAACAUUAUAUUAAUGGACAAUUACAAACUCUUCGUUCAAUAAUUUCCCUUUUUCUUACUGAAUUUCAAUUUGCAUCAUCUAAUUUAUAUUCUGCUGCUAUUUUCUCCCAUUCUUGCAACAAUUAAUGCUAUUCUAAAAUAAAGAACGAAAUAUUUAUUUCACGACAAGUGUAUUUUUACGCAAAUUGAAAAUAGAAAAUAUGCUU